AUGACCAAACUUCUCGCAGUCCUGGGUGCCACAGGCCAGCAAGGCUCUGCAGUCGUGGAAUAUGUUAUAAAUGAUCCAGGGCUCUCCAAAGAAUACAAAGUUCGUGCUGUCACCCGCACGACUGACUCAGCGAAGGCGAAAUCACUCAGGGAGAAGAACGUCGAUGUUGUUCAGGGCGAUGUUAAACACCGAGAAUCUCUCGAAAAGGUUUUCAGCGGUGUUCACACACUCUUCGCUAUGACCACACCCGCAGGUGGUGAAAGAGCUGUUGAGGACGAACUCAACGUGAUCAAAACGAUUGCGGAUGUGGCUGUCGAGAGCGGUAUCGAAUACAUCAUCUUCAGUACCUUGCCUUCCGUCACCGACAUUUCUGGAGGCAAAUACAGAGGUGUUACUCCUUUUGAUGCCAAGGCAAAAGGGGAGCAGUACAUUCGAGGUCUUUCGAUCAAGAGCUCGUUCUACUGCCCAGGAUCAUUCAUGGAAAACUUCGAGUCUCAAACAUUUCUUGCUCCGCAACGGGAUCCCAACCAAGCAGAUACUUGGACUUUAAGCCGCAACAUGUCUCCACAUACGCAGAUGCCCCUGAUCGACGCGGUGGGAGAUGGUGGCAAGUUUGUAGGCGCCAUUCUCGCCGAUCCUGCGAAGUUCGAAGGCAAGAAAAUUUGCGCGGCAACAAAAUUUUACUCCUGGAGCGAAAUUGCUUCAAUAUUGUCGAAACACACUGGAAAAAAGGUCGUCUACAAGCAGGAGUCUAAUGAAGAUUUUGCUAAGAGCCUUCCUCCGCCAGCGGCUCCCAUCUUCAUCGAUUAUUUCAGCUACAUAGAGGACCAUGGGUAUUUCGGCCCAGGCGGCGAAGAAGCAGUGGCUUGGGCCGUUGCGAAUGCACGGGAUAAACUCUCGACUUUCGAAGAGUUUUUGACAGCACAUCCCUUCAAACUCUCGUAG